CUUCUCAGUUCUAGGGCCUGGCCAGGCCUCUUAGGCCUGCCCUCUACCCUACCCAUGGAGGGCCUCGGACUGGUGGUACGUGGUGAGGCUGCACCUUUUUCCACAGCUCUCCGAAGCCUCAUCAACAACCCUUGGUACAGUGAUGUUCGCUUUGUGGUUGGUCAAGAACGGCAGGAGAUAUUUGCCCACCGGUGUUUGUUGGCCUGUAGAUGCAGCUUCUUCCAGCGACUUCUGGGCUCAGAGCCCGGCUCCAGGGUGGAGAGUGCCGUGGUGCUAAGCACCGUGCCAGCUGAGACCUUCCUGGCAGUGCUGGAGUUCCUGUACACCAAUAGCGUCAAGCUGUAUCGCCACUCUGUGCUAGAAGUGCUGACAGCGGCUGUGGAGUACGGGCUAGAGGAACUGAGAGAGCUGUGCCUGGAGUUUGUGGUGAAGGUGCUGGAUGUGGAGUUGGUUUGUGAGGCCCUGCAGGUGGCUGUAACCUUUGGCCUGGGGCCGCUGCAGGAGUGCUGCAUAGCCUUCAUAGAGGCCCACAGUCAGGAGGCGCUUCGGACCCGAGGCUUUCUGGAACUGUCAGCGCCCGCGCUGCUGCCCCUGCUGCGCAGCGACAAACUCUGCGUGGACGAGGCUGAGCUGGUGCGGGCGGCCCGGAGCUGGGCGCGAGUGGGCGCGGCGGUGCUGGAGCGGCCUCUGGCCGAGGUGGCGGCCCCAGUGGUGAGAGAGCUGAGACUGGCUUUGUUGGCCCCGGCGGAGCUGAGUGCCUUGGAAGAGCAGAACCGGAGGGAACCUCUCAUUCCGGUGGAGCAGAUCGUGGAGGCGUGGAAGUGCCAUGCCUUGCGGAGAGGGGAUGAGGUUCGGGGCACCCCUUGUCGCCGCCGGAGGGGCACCCUGCCCCGGGAGCAUCACCGUUUCCUGGACCUGCCCUUCAAGUAACAAAAUCUACGCCAGGACUUUGGAGGAAUCCCGAGCCUGCCCCAAACUACAUCUCCCAACAAGCUCGGCGCUCGGAGCGAACUACCGCUCCCAGCAUGCUCCACGAGCUGGGAGCCGGAAAAACCGUUUUCUACAGAGCACGGCGCCCUGAGUGUGGGUUAUAGGGCGGGGCGAAGCCGAAAAACUAGGAGGUGGUCUUCGCUCCACGUAUUUACUGUGGACAUUUUCGUUUACCAGACUACUCUGAUGCCGCCCACAUAUUUAUUCAGCUCAGCUCUCUUAGUUCCAGAUCUGCCUCCUAGAGAUCUCUCCCUGCGUGCCCCACAGACACCCUCGUCUUAGUAGUUUAGUGCAAAAUUGAGCUUCUCUUCUUUACCCAGCUGCGCCCCCAUCGUAUUGCUUAUUUAAGUGAUUACGCACGCCAAAAACCUGGAUUGUAUCCUUUCCUUAUCGCUCCUCCUUGCACUUGCCUCAGGUUGCUUCUUUCUAAGGGAUUUUUCUGCUUGGUUUAGUUUUCUCAGCCUAUCCUGUUUGUCAAGUCUUACUAAUCUGUCUUCAGUCUAUCGCACCCUGUAUUUCCCACACUAUAGCCACACCCAAGCUCUCUGUUCUACUUACAUUAUUAAUUCCCCCAACAUCCUCAUUGCUCUCCAGGACAAAAUACAAACUAUUUCACUUUGAAGGCACUCAAAACUACUUGUGGUUCUUAAGUGCUAGCCACUCCUCUGGAACACUACUUUGGAUAAAUUUCCUCAUUCUAGAGGCAUUAGUUUUCCAGGUCCAGAUUUACUUCUCUGCUACCUUUCAUUUAUCAUCUUUCUCCCUGGAAAAAAGAUCACUGGGUCCUGAGUGGUACCUUAUUCAUUUCUGCUUCCUCAGUGGAUCAGUUCGAUCCAGAGGAAGUGAAUGACUAUUUAUUAAAAUGCCACUUGAUUCCAUAGAGUUUUAGAGGAUCUGUAGAACAAGAUAAUACCAAUCUAAAACGAGAGAUACUUGACUAUUUAGGAGAAAAUAAAGGUAGAUUUCUAUCUUAGGGACUUCUUAAACAAUCUGCAAUGUAUUUUUGUACAUACAGUUGUCAUUCUCCCUCAGGAAUGAAAAAGCGAUUACCAGGUAGCACCACUGCAGGGCAACAUUGUUGGGAGUGUGAAAAUAUAUGUUCAUUUGUUAGAGGACUGAUUAUUAACUAUGGGAUAUUUUGAUAAUCAUCCUUGGUGAAAAAAGCACAGUGCAGAUCAAGUACACCAUGACUUAUUUUGUUAAAGAAAAGAUAGCAUAGUGAUUGUGUUUUCUGGAGCCAGGAUGCUUGCAUUUGAAUCCCAGCCUCACUGGGAGACUUUGUUAUUGAGUUACUGGCUUUGUUAUUGAGUUAGGAUACUUAGUUUUUAUAUUCCUCAGUUUCCUU